AGAGCUUGGCAGAGUGAAGCACAAACAAUAAUCCUGUACUAUUCGCGUCCCCAAAGUCCCUCUCGGAUUUGUUCCCGCCGCAGCGGGGAAAGCCAGGCUCCUCGGCGAGUUUGGGGCUCCUCGGAGCAGGGGCUCCAGCCGGCGGCCAGGAUGUCGUCGGUGGGGAAGGUGACCCGGGUCCACAAUGGGAAAGUCUACCAGCAGAUCUUCGAGGCUGAGGUGCAGCUGAUCCACUCCCUGGCCGUCAGCAGGAAGCAGGCUGCAGAGCACUGUGUGCCCCCGAAGAGUGGCAGGACACCCCUGAUGAACAAGGUGGAGAUUCCUGAAGGGGAGAUGAUGUCUCCGCGGCAGCAGAAGUGGGCGCACAGCCUCCCCAAUGACUGGGUCACAGAAAACCCUGUUCUCUACAGGGAAAAGAAAAUAGCCCACAGGGAGAAAGUCCAAGAGAGUGAGAGCGCUGCCGCCGCCCGAGAAGUGCGUGGCCUCAUGGACACUCUGGUUCCCGAGAAGAUAAGCAUGGACACCCUUCGAAGGCGAGAGGAGCACAAAAGGAAGAGCUACCACAACGCCCUGGCGAGCUUUCAGAAGGAGAUUGCUCAGAUCGGAAUGGAAAUGGAACCUCUCCUCUUGGAGACAGGGCAGCUUUUUUUGGAAAAACUGUCUGAGUCUAAUGAAGAUGUCGACAGUCUCUUCAAAAAGGUGGAAAACGACACCAACUUCGAGGACUACACUAUGCAGGCCCUGUCAGAGCUGUGGGAUAAGGUGGCCAAGACGUUCCAGCUCCAGAAGCAGAAGAUCAAGGAGCUGGACAAGGCGCUGCACUCCCUGGAGUUCUCCCGCGCCGACAAACUAAAAAAUGUAUUGAAGAAGUAUGUGCAAAUCAUAGAGAAGACUUCCUACCUCAUGCAGCCCGAUGUGUACAGGCUGAUAGAUAAAGAAGCCAUGGUCAUAAACCAUGCCCUGCUGGGCAACCGGAGGGCCCUGGCCCAGCUGUUCGUCAACCUGAUGGAGGCCAUGCUGCGGGAGGAGCGGGACAGCCGCCGCCGCUGGCAGGGCCUGGUGGACGCCUGGAAGGUUCUCAAGAAGAAGUCGCUGCAGGAGAGUUUCAGUGAGUUCAUGGCCAAUGAGAAUAUCCGGGCUCCUCCGGCCGUGAAGAAGGAACUAGAGGUCAUGCUGAAGACCCAGAACGUCCUGCAGCAGAAGCGGCUGGACCAUCUCUGCACCAUCUGCGACCUCCUGCCCCCCAACUACAGCAAGACUCAGCUGAAUAAGUGGUAUUUGUCUCUCAAGGCCCUGAACAAGCAGCUUGACACCUACCACACGGACUGCAUGAUGCGCAUCCGCCUCCACUAUGAGAAGACCUGGCAGGAGUGCCUGGCCCACAUGCAGGACUGCAAGAAUCAGCUGCUGGACUGGAAGGCCUUCACCGAGACAGAGGCAGAGACCCUGGUGAGCCAGUCCUUCUUCCAGAUGGUGGGAGUGCUCCAGAGCAAGGUGGAGGAGGACCUGGAGCUCUUGGAGAAAUCCUUCGAGGCCCUGGCUCAGCAGAUGGAGUGGCAAAGCUCGAAUCUCUUCAGCUACUUCCAGGAGGCAGCGCAGCUGUGGGAGGUGCACCAGGGCAAGCUGUCGGUGCAGGAGCUGGAUCUGGAGAAGAGGAUGGAGGAGCAGCAGCAGAAGCAUGGCCUGGAGAACCAGGCUCUGGAGGCCCACUUUGAUAAGCUCUUGGACCAACUGAGGCAGCAGAGCUACAAAGAAACACUGGCAGUUCACCUGGAAAAGGCCAAAGAUUUUCUGAAGAACAUGAGAUCCAGGUAUCAGUGUUUUCAUGUCUUCCUGACAAAGGAAGUGAUGGAGUACCCAGCGAUCAUACUGAAUGAACUCAACUCCUACAGCUUCGCCCUCAGCCAACACUUCUUCGUGCGUGAAAUCUUUGAACAGAACUUGGCUGGAGAAAUCAUUUUCAAAUUCAGGCAACCAGAAGCACAUGAAAAGCCUUUCCAGAAGAGAAAACUGAGGAAAAGGCUAAGGGCGAAAGUGGAAAUAAGCAAAAGUGAAGAAAGCGUAAGUAGAGGGACAAGUUCUACUAGGCCAGCAGAAGAGAUGAAAGAAGAAAAAUAUCAAGAUACAGAGUCCUCCACAACUGAAGAGUUCCUGAGCCAGCAGGAAAAAUCUGCACUGAGCGAUGAGAUGGAUGAGUCCAAAGAGGGCUCUAUUCAAGGACUGGAAGAAAUGCAGGUCGAAAGAGAGAGCUCCUUGAACCAGGAAAAUAAAGAGGAAGAGAAGGAGGAAGAGGAGCAGAAAGAAGAGGAAAAGGAGGAGAAGGAGGAGGAGGAGGAGGAGGAGGAGGAGGAGGGAGAGGAGCAGAAGGAAGAAGAGGCAAAGGAGGAGCAAGAGAAUUUCUCAUUGAGUGAGGACGAAGACAAUGAAGAGAGUAUGGAGAAGAUAUACUAUGAGUGCAUGGAGUCCUUCACAACCUCCAGUGGAAACAUUUAUUAUGUCUUCUUGCCUCUGGAAGAAGAAGAGCGUUUCAGGAUGUCCCAUUCCUGCUUCUCAGCCACGCUCAUCGACAACACUUCCAGUGCCAAGUACAUAGAGCAAGUGAUAAUUCCAUCCAAGCUAAUUUUAGAAAUUAAGAAACAACUUCGAGCUGGCUUCUUUGAACACCUGGAGAAGUGGUUUGACCAGUGUGCCCUCCAUGCCCGAGUCACCGUGGCCACCAAGAUUGAUGAGCUGGAUUCAGAACUGGAGCUGCGUCUGCACCUGCACCAGCCAAGAGCCCAGAACAUUGAAAAGGACAUCCACAAUGUCAGGGCAGCCGAGCUCCUGCUUCAUCAACAGCGGCUGGACAGCCACUGCGCAGGGGUGGUCGAGAUGCUGAAAAAGAAGAGGCUGAUGUUCUGCGAGUUCCAAGAAGAACAAAACGUGAGGAGCAAAAACUUCCGCCGCAAGAUUCACGACAUGGAGCAUGUCUUCUUGAACGCCACCAAGAGCCAAAAGCUGGCUGCUCUCAGCAGUACACUGCAGCAGGAGCUGCUUGGCUAUGUCGACGUCACCCAGGUGUCCCUGCGCAGCUUCCGACAGUACUUGGAGGAGACUCUGGGCAAACUCCGCCUCACAAACAUCGAGUUUGUCAAGCACUGCAGAUUGUUUUCUGAGGGAGGCAACUUUUCUCCUGAAGAAAUCAGCUCCCUGUGUCAUCGACUGGAGAAGGAGGCUUCUCGGAUAGAGACUGUCGAAAGCUUAAUCAUGCUCUAUAUGGAGAAGAUGGAGACCGAUUACCUGGACCAGGCCAAUGACGUCAUCAGCAAGUUUGAAAGUAAAUUCCAUAACCUGUCCAUGGACGUUAUUUUCCUAGAGAAAAUCCAGCGGUUGCUGACAAAUCUGCAAGUGAACAUCAAGUGCCAGGUGGCAAAAUCCAAUUUGCAAACAGAUCAAUUAAAUUCUUCUCUGGAACAGCUUCAGCGCAAGAUAGAAACUUGUCGAGACCCAAAGGGUGAUAAAACAGUAGUGAGCACAGAAGACCUCCUUGGCUUUGUCCGAACUUGGAAAGAAAGACUGAGCCAGAGGAUUCAGUACCUCAACUGCAAGCUGGACACGGCGUCUGUCACGCAAGUGGUCUUUACCGACACCAUCUUGACUGACCUGGAGGAGGAAAGUGGCAUUGUGGUAUCUUCAGAAGUCAUUGAAGAGGAGUCCAAGGAGGGGCAGGUCACCCCUGAGUCCUUUGCCCUGCCAAGCCGCAUGGGGAAGCCCAUGAUUGAAGACCCAGCUGUGGAGGUGGUCAAGAAGAUCCUGCACACAAAAUGGCCAGACCAGUCUGACAAAGAUCGGUCCCAGACAGGCCCGAAGCGUCGGAACUGGCCAGAAAGCUCUGGGAAGAAGGCCAUGCCCAUUGCCAGCACCACUUCUGCAGGAAGCCUCCUGAGCACUGAGCCGCCUUUGUCCCACAGCUUCACAAGGCACACCAAGCCCAAUAAAAUGGACAGAAAGUACCAGGUGCUUGGGGAAAAGCCGCCGCCUCCUGCAGAGGAUUUUAAAGGGACCAUCUUGACCUUCCUCUGGGAGAGCAACGAGCACCUGCUGACCGUCGCAGAGGAUUUUUACCGCAAAGAGAGGCAGCGUCCAAUAACCAGGCCUGACUGCAUGUAUGAAACCUUCGACCAGUGUGCCGAGAACAUCUGCAAGAAGAUCCUGGAGUACCAGAGCCAGGUGGAGGAGUACCACAACUCCUGCCUCGUGGAAUUACGGGCCCAGAUGAGGAGAUUUGAGGAGCUGCUGCCCCAGGUGUGUUGGCAGGUGACAGAGAAUUUCAAGGAGCACCACUGGAAAAAAUUUUGCACCUCUGUGAAAGAGAUCCGAGGACAGUUUGAAGAACAGCAGAAGAAGCUGGAGAAAAGAAAGGAUGAAAAUGCCCAGAAGCUCCAUCCAAGUCUUGGACACCCCACACACUUCCAAGAAUUGGAGUCUCUACGCUUAGCAGAAGAGAAAAGACAGGAAAAGCUGGACAACCUGAUUAGGAUAAACAGGGAGAAGCUGGAGGAAUCAACCUGGAAGAACAGCCGGUGUUUCAUAGCCAGCUUGGCUGCCUUCACCGAGAAGUUCCUGAUGCAGUUGGAUGAAGUGGUCACCAUUGAUGACGUCCAGGUUGCAAGGAUGGAGCCCCCCAGGCAGAAAAUGUCAAUCCUCAUACGGAGGAAACUCUCUGGGCUGUCCCUGGAGGAGGAGAGUGAGAAGCCCCUGAUUGAACGUGGGAGCAGGAAGUGGCCAGGAAUCAAACCCACCGAAGUCACCAUUCAAAACAAGAUUCUUCUCCGGAAAACAGCAUCAAUAUUCACCACCAAAACAACCCUGGGCCACCUGGCGGCCAUAGAAGCCCGAGAUGCUGUGUACCUGAAAUACUUAGCAUCAUUUGAGGAGGAGCUGAAGAGGAUCCAGAACGACAACAUGUGUCAGGUAAAGGAAGCGCAGCGCUGGAAGGACAGCUGGAAGCAGUCCCUGCGCACCAUCCAGGGCCUCUACGUGUCACGCCCGCCACCCCACCCCGAAUAAAUGCUCCUUUUAUGUA